AUGCAACUGGUAACAUGCGAAGUCAAUGUCAAUCCAUUCGUCAUCGAAAGCUACAGGAGUCUUUGCGACAGAAGCAAUCAAGAAAUCAACCAGCGUUAUAUUAAUGUCAGUAUGAUGCCAGCUCUGGAUUCCUCAUGCACACUUAACACUAGUGAGCAAAAGGUUACGAAAGAGAGGCGAAGAGGCGAAGAGGAGGAGAAAAAAAGUCGGAGAAAACGCUCCUGGAUAUUCCCAGGGACACUGUGGUGCGGCACUGGAAGCAAAGCUGUGGGAUAUGAACAGUUAGGCAUGUUUGAGAGUGCAGACAGAUGCUGCCGUGAGCACGACCACUGCCAGCAUAUCAUCCCAUCUUUUACAGUGGAUUAUGGAGUGUUCAACCCGAACCUCUACACUGUCUCACACUGUGACUGUGACCAAAGAUUUCGACAGUGCCUUCUUGAAGUGAAUGAUACCAUUUCCAGUAUGGUGGGCUACAGCUUCUUUAACAUCCUGCGGGUUCCCUGCUUUGAGCUCAAACAACAAAAGCGAUGCACUGAGAUGUACUGGUGGGGAAUGUGCAAGAAAGCCAACAAGGCUCCAUAUGCUGUCUUCAAAAAACCUCUUUCUUACAACAGCACUCAUGGUACAAGCAAACAUGACACUGACAGCAACACUGACAUGUCAACAAGUAGUAAGAGGCCACAUGUAACGAAAAACCCUGAGAUUAUCCUGACCAGAAAGUCACCUAAAAAUAAUCAGCUCAUGUGUGAAAGCCUCAAACAUCUGGAUAAAUGUAAAUACAAAAUCCCUCCUUUGAAGAAGAAAUAUGGUCUACAGAACACAGAGACAAAGACUUCCUACCACUGUGAUUGCACCAGCCGGUAA